UGCAUCACUCAUUCGCCAGCACCCGCACAAUUACUCGUGGCUGAGCUGAGCUCAGGGUGCAUGGAGAACAGUGGGGGGGAAUACACAUGCCAAAGCGAACGGGAUCGCCCUUGUUUUCCUUCAGUAGUAGCCGCGGCUCGCUGAUUCUACACCGCCAUCUCUCCCACAGUGACGGGCUCGCUGACUGGAAUGGAAUCUCGCGCGCGACACAACUUAACCGAAUGCGGCUUUACAUUGAAGCAUUCUGCUCGCCGGUUGGUGUAAAGUCGACAGAAUGAACUCCUUUCCAGCAACUUUUAAACGGAACCCGGGAUACUAACGAGCAGCGCAGUCCGUGUAAUUCUUAAACUAGCCUUAUUCGCGUUUAUACUCCCAUUCUGACAGACUGAGCGCGCGUGACGCACCGCAUCUCUCAGAGCGCGCGCGGAGGGAAAAAGUGUCACUGACUUCCGAGCAACACGUACUCUCUCCCUCUCUCUCUCAGAGUCUCUGAGGAAAAUGUCCGGCUGUUUGUUCACCCUGAAGCGGGGGGCCGGCUGGAUUCUGCUGUUUUCCGUUAUUCACCUCACACAUACUCAAGAUGACGUUCCACCCUACUUCAAAAUGGAGCCCGUGGCAACCCAGGUGCACCUCGAGGGCAAUCGUUUGGUUCUGACCUGCAUGGCAGAGGGCAGCUGGCCACUAGAGUUCAAAUGGCUAUACAAUGGCACGGAGCUGACACGCUUCUCAUUGGAGUACAGGUACCUCAUCCCGUCACUACACCGCUCCCACGCUGGCUUUUACAGGUGCAUUGUGAGGAACCGGGUCGGCGCUCUCAUGCAGAGGAGCACUCAAGUCCAGGUUGCCUAUAUGGAAGACUUUGUGGAGAGAGAGCGAUCUCAGGUGGUGUCAGAGGGUGAAGCUGCACUCAUCUUUCCUCCAAAAAUUCCCAGCUUUCCACGGCCUCAGAUCACAUGGUUCCGGGACGGGCGCAAAAUUCCCCCCAGCAGCCGCAUAGCUCUCACUCUGGACAACACCCUGGUCAUCCUGUCCACAGUGGCACCGGAUGCAGGUCGCUACUACGCCCAGGCUGUCAACGACAAGAAUGGCGAGAACAAGACCAGCCAGCCGGUUAUUCUCAAUGUGGAGAAUGUGGGCGGGCCUGCAGAUCCAAUCGCUCCCACCAUCAUCAUCCCACCCAAGAACACCAGUGUGAUGGUCGGCACAUUUGAGGUCACGCUGGAGUGUGUGGCCAACGCCAGACCCCUGAUUAAGCUUAAUAUUGCAUGGCGUAAGAAUGGUGUGGUGGUCAAUAGAGGACUGAGGGACUUUGGUCGACGACUGACCAUCAGUGGGCCUCUGGUCAGUGACAGCGGCUAUUAUGAGUGUGAGGCAUCUCUGCGCAGCAGCAGCGUCCCAGCCGUCACUGCUGGAGCUUAUCUACAUGUGAUCGAACACCCGCAGUUUGUGAAGGAGCCAGAGAGACACAUAACUGCUGAGAUGGAGAAGGUGGUGGACAUCCCAUGCCAGGCUCGUGGUGUUCCUCAGCCUGACAUUGUUUGGUAUAAGGACGCUGUGCCCAUCAGCACUGUGAAGACCCCACGCUACAAGGUCUUGGUGGGAGGCAGUUUGCAGAUUAACGGCCUCCUUCCUGAUGACACUGGAAUGUUUCAGUGCUUUGCCCGCAACCUGGCUGGAGAAAUCCAGACCAACACGUACCUCGCUGUCACCAGCAUCGCUCCCAACAUCACAGCAGGGCCUACAGACAGCUCAGUGAUCGACGGCACAUCCGUCAUCCUGCACUGUGAGACAUCAGGAGCUCCGCGGCCCGCCAUCACAUGGCAGAAAGGUGAGCGUGUGCUGGCAAGUGGCUCAGUGCAGCUGCCCCGCUUUACCCUGCUGGAGUCAGGCAGUCUGUUGGUCAGUCCUGCUCACCUGUCAGACGCUGGCGCCUACACCUGCAUGGCGAGCAACUCCCGCGGCAUUGAUGAGGCCUCUGCCAACCUGCUGGUGUGGGCCCGAACCCGCAUAACCAAUCCUCCUCAGGACCAGAGUGUCAUUAAAGGCACCAAAGCCACUAUGACCUGCGGUGUGACCCAUGACCCCAGUGUCACUGUCAGGCACAUGUGGGAGAAAGGAGGCGUAGCCAUUGACAUGAAUUCAAGCCCGCGGCUACGAGUGGACCCCAAUGGCACCCUGCACAUUGCCCAGACCUGGUCUGGAGACAUCGGCACCUACACCUGCAGAGUAACCUCCGUAGGAGGCAAUGACUCCCGCAGCGCCCACCUCAGAGUCAGGCAGCUUCCCCAUGCACCAGAGAAUCCAAUUGCUACAUACAGCUCCUCAGAGAAGCGCUCCAUCAACCUCACAUGGGCGCAGGCCUUCGAUGGCAACAGCCCCCUCAUCCGCUACAUCCUGGAGGUGUCGGAGAACAAUGCUCCAUGGACUGUGCUCUUGGCCAACAUAGAACCAGAGGCGACUAGUGUGAUGGUGGGAGGCCUCAUUCCUGCACGAUCCUACCAGUUCCGACUGUGUGCUGUCAAUGAUGUGGGCAAGGGCCAGUUCAGCAGGGAGACAGCAAGGCUGACGUUACCCGAGGAACCACCCAGUGCCCCUCCUCAAACAGUCAUUGCAAGUGGCCGCACUAAUCAGUCCAUCAUGAUCCAGUGGCAGCCUCCUCCGGAGACCCACCAGAAUGGCCUGCUGCAGGGAUACAUUAUCAGAUACUGUCUGUCAGGUCUGCCAGUGGACUGUCAGAUCAAGAACAUCACAAACCCAGACCAGACCAACCUCCUGCUUGAAGACCUGAUCAUUUGGACCAACUAUGAGAUUGAGGUGGCGGCCUACAAUGGCGCAGGUCAGGGUGUCUUUAGCCAAAAGGUCACAGAGUGGACCUUACAAGGAGUCCCCACAGUACCACCAGGGAACGUGCAGGCAGAGGCUGUCAACUCCACCACAGUUCGCUUCACGUGGAGUGCUCCAAGCCCGCAGUUCAUCAACGGCAUCAACCAGGGCUACAAGCUGCUGGCCUGGGAACCGGGCCAUGAGGAGGACGUGGCCAUGGUGACAGUGAGGCCGAACUUUCAGGACAGCGUGCACGUUGGCUACAUCACUGGGCUGAAGAAGUUCACAGAGUACUUUACUUCUGUGCUGUGUUUCACAACACCCGGAGAUGGCCCACGGAGUCCUCCGCACCGUAUCCGCACCCACGAAGACACCCCAGGGCCUGUGGGUCACCUGAGCUUCACCGAGAUCUUGGACACAUCCCUCAAAGUGAGCUGGAAAGAGCCACAUGAGAGGAACGGCAUUCUCACAGGGUACCGCAUCUCCUGGGAGGAGUUCAACCGCACCAACACGCGCGUGACACACUACCUGCCCAACCUGACACAGGAGUACCGAGUCACAGGCCUGACCGCCCUCACCACCUACACCAUCCAGGUAGCUGCCAUGACCUCCAAGGGCCAGGGCCAGCUCUCCUCCUCCACCAUAUCCUCUGGAGUGCCACCAGAAAUGCCCGGGCCGCCCACCAACAUUGCCAUUUCCAACAUUGGCCCACGUUCUGUGGCACUGCAGUUUAAACCUGGAUACGAUGGCAAGACCUCCAUCUCCCGGUGGAUAGUGGAGGCCCAGAUCGGUGUAAUAGGGGAAAAUGAAGAGUGGGUCAUGGUCCAUCAGCUGGCUAAUGAGCCUGAUGCGCGUUCUCUCAUAGUAGAGGGCCUCAACCCAUACACCUUCUACAGGUUCCGAAUGCGUCAAGUAAACAUAGUUGGCACCAGUCCUCCAAGCCAACCCUCUAGGAAAAUCCAGACCUUGCAGGCACCACCAGAUAUUGCACCUGCCAACGUCACCCUCCGCACAGCCAGCGAAACCAGCCUCUGGCUCCGCUGGGUGCCCCUGCCAGAGUGGGAGUACAACGGUAGUCCAGAGCUGGUGGGCUACAGGGUGCAGUACUCUCGGGCUGGUUUCAGAGGAGGAGUUCUGUCCCACAUCAUCUCUGACAGGCUGGAGAGAGAGUUUACCAUCGAGGACCUGGAGGAGUGGACUGAGUACGAAGUACGUGUGCAGGCCAUCAAUGGCAUCGGGGCAGGACCAUGGAGUCAGCCCGUUCACGCCAGAACUAGAGAGUCAGUGCCUUCUAGUGGACCAGCCAAUGUCUCUGCCUUUGCCACGACCUCUAGCAGUAUCCUGGUCCGGUGGGGUGAGGUACCAGAAGCUGAUCGUAAUGGACUCAUACUGGGCUACAAGGUAGCAUACAGAGAGAAAGACUCUGAUUCAGCAUUCCGCUUCUGGAUGGUGGAGGGGAACACCAGCCACAGUGUCCAACUGACCGGCCUAGACAAGUAUGUCCUCUACGAGAUCCAGGUUCUCAGCUUCACACGCAUAGGAGAUGGCGUACCCAGCUCACCCCCACUCCUGGAGCGCACACUGGAUGAUGUUCCUGGGCCUCCAGUAGGAAUUCUUUUUCCUGAGGUCAGAACCACUUCAGUGCGACUCAUCUGGCAGCCCCCUGCUCAACCCAAUGGCAUUAUCCUUGCUUAUCAGAUCACUUACCGACGAAACUCCUCCAACAGCAACUCAGCCAUAGUGGAUGUGCUCAGUCCCAGUGCACGGCAGUAUACAGCUAAUGGACUGAAACCGGAGAGUGUUUACGUGUUCCGCCUAACGGCCCAGACCAGAAACGGCUGGGGAGAAGCGGCUGAGGCCCUGGUGGUCACCACAGAGAAGAGAGCUCGCCCCCAGCCCCCGAGUCGUCCCAUAGUGCCUCAGGAGGAUGUGCAGGCUCGUAGCGUGCUGCUCACAUGGGAACCAGGCAGUGAUGGUCUGUCUCCAGUGCGCUACUACACCGUGCAGUACAAAGAGCUGCCCAGCGUCCACUGGAUCGUCCACUCAGCAUCAGUCAACCAUGAGGCCAACUCCUAUAUAGUGGACAAACUCAAACCUUUCACUUCAUACCAGUUCCGUGUUAAGGCUACUAAUGACAUAGGAGACAGUGAGUAUAGCGAGGAGAGCGAGGCUAUCACCACUCUGCAAGAUGCCCCAGACAAAGCUCCCACAAUCAUCUCCGUCACACCACACACUACAACCUCUGUGCUGCUCCGCUGGAAGACCCCCUCCGAGGAGCAGAUCAACGGCAUCUUGCUGGGGUUUCGGAUUCGCUACAGAGAGCUCCACUACGAUCGCUUGCGCACCUUCACUGUCCGCACCGUCAACAACCCAAUGGCUAGCUGGGCUGAGCUCACAGCUCCCUAUAGUAUCAGGAACCUGAGUGAAUCGUCACUCACCCAGUAUGAACUUGACAAUCUGAGUAAACACAAGCGCUAUGAGAUCAGACUCAGUGUGUACAAUGCCAUUGGGGAAGGACCCAUCAGCACACCACAGGAAGUAUUUGUAGGAGAAGCAGUGCCCACUGCUCCACCUCAGAACGUCGCUGUUCAAUCUUCCACGGCAACCCAGCUUGAUGUCACUUGGGAUCCUCCACCGCUGGAAGCUCAGAACGGAGACAUUCAAGGCUACAAGAUCUAUUACUGGGAGUUCCAGCUACAGAAUGAGACGGAGAGACUGCGUACACUCUUCCUGCCUGAGCUGGGGGUGAAGCUGAAGAACCUGACAGGCUACACCACUUACAUGAUUAGUGUGGCUGCCUUCAAUGCAGCCGGGGACGGCCCACGCUCUCCACCCACCAGAGGGCGCACUCAGCAAGCGGCCCCCAGUGCUCCCAGCUUCAUCCACUUCAGUGAGCUUACCACUUCUUCUGUCAACAUGUCCUGGGGAGAGCCCAAACAUCCCAAUGGCAUAAUUGAGGGCUACCGCCUGAUCUAUGAGCCCUGCACACCCAUCGAUGAUUCCUCUCCUCACACUCCAGGUGUCAGUAAAGUUGUUACAGUGGACGUAAAAGGCAGCGCCCCCCUCUGGAUGAAAAUUAAAGACCUGGCUGAUGGGGUGACCUACAACUUCCGCAUCCGUGCCAAAACCCUGACUUACGGGCCAGAGGUGGAGGCCAACAUCACCACAGGGCCAGGAGAAGGUGCUCCUGGGCCUCCAGGUGAACCAUUUAUUUCACGGUAUGGCACGGCACUCACGCUCCACUGGACAAGCGGCGACCCUGGCAGAGCACCCAUCACACGAUACGUCAUAGAAGCCAGGCCAUCUGAUGAAGGAUUGUGGGAUAUCCUCAUCAAAGACAUCCCAAAAGAGGUGACAUCAUACACCCUGAAUCUGGACAUGCUGCGUGAAGGGGUCACCUAUGACUUCCGGGUCAUUGCAGUCAAUGACUAUGGAUAUGGCUCUCCCAGUGCUCCCUCCCCUUCCAUAGCUGCUCAGAAAGCCUCCCCCUUUUAUGAGGAGUGGUGGUUUCUGGUGGUGAUAGCACUCGUAGGACUGAUCUUCAUCCUCCUGCUUGUCUUUAUCCUCAUCAUCCGUGGGCAGAGUAAAAAGUACACCAAGAAGACUGAUUCAGGUGGCCACUCAAACUGCACAUCUCUGCCCCUCUCCCAUGGAGACAUGAUGAGGCUGGACGAGGGCCGAUUUCCAGCUAUGGAGCUGAACAACAGGCGGCUCUCUGUCAAAAAUUCCUUCUGCCGCAAGAACGGCAUCUACACCCGGUCUCCUCCACGGCCCAGUCCAGGCGGUCUGCACUACUCCGAUGAGGACGUCAGCGCUAAAUGCAAUGACCUGAUGCCAGCUGAGAACAGCAGUCUCACUGAGAAACCAUCUGAGGUAUCCGAUUCACAGGGCAGUGACAGCGAAUACGAGGUGGAUCCAGCCCAUCAGAAAACACACUCAUUCGUCAACCACUACAUCAGUGACCCGACCUACUACAACUCGUGGCGUCGGCAGCAGAAGGGCGUCACACGGCCACCUGCAUACAGCUAUGGGCAGGCAGAAGGCGCGGCUGAACAGGAGUCACGCCCCCAUGCUCCCCCUCUGCCCCCGCUGCCUCCUCUGCUACCCCACAGCACACCGUCUCCACAGCCCAUGGGCCAGGGCACGCUGUUCAGGCCUAAGGGUAGCCGGACUCCCACUCCAUCUCUGCUGUCCUCUGAGAUCCACAGCCAGCACGGCCUCUACAGGCCUCCCAGCAGCCUGGGCACCUCCACCCAGACACCAACCACAGGCUUCUCGUCCUUUGUUUGAUACGAGACUCUGGUUCUGUUCACAACACAUCUGAUUGGGACUCCCAUGUGAGCAGCAAUUUGCUCCUUCAACAUCACCGUCGUUGUGGUUUAUUAAUGAUUUUAUCUAUUAAGGAGCGCUGAACAUCUUAGGUUGCAAUUUUUAUUUUUCGUUUUUUAUGUAUGUGUGAUGUGUGUCUGUAAGAGCAUUGAAAAACAGACAAUCAUUUGGCGCAUUUGUGUUUGUGGUUUGAGCAGAGCAAGUCACAUGGCCAGUCACAUCUAAACAAUGUGUAACCUGAGAAAUUCCUAAACCUUAUUUCUAAACUCUAAUAGAAGUGUCAAAACAUAUUUUUUAAAACUACAAAUGAGAUUUCGGUGAAUAAAAGAAUGUAAUAAGUAUUUAAGCAGGAGUUCAAAACUUCAACAUGGGUUUUGCAUGUAAUUUUACAAAUGACCCAAAGUGAUCAUCUUGGGUGUACAUACAUUUUGGGUGCAUAUAAACAUUUGCUCCUUCAGUCACAUCUAAAUGACAGCACUUUGCUCAAAGAAUAAUAUAAUAUUAUAUCACAGGUAAAUAGGUUGUCUUAACGAGAGGAUAUGAUCUUCCUAGAUUUGACAUGUCUCAGUUUUUAGUGAAGGUUUAUGUACGUCUCAGCCGCAGUUCUAUUUUGAGUUAUAAAUCAGCACAUGAGCUAUUGCUAAGCUAGAAGUUGUGGGUUCUAUGAAAACGUUUUCGCUAGUCUGCUUUGUUGUGUCACUGUAUUCUGUCAUACGCAUGUGUUGUGCUCAUAGUCAUGGUUUUAAGGGUGCUUUCCCUGGGAAAGGCUGUUCAGGUGUGGCUUGGACCAUUGCCAGAUUGUGUAAAACGUUCCUCAUUUUUCCAAACGAUGAGCACACCUGCACAGGAGAUCCUGCUAUUACGCUUCCCCUACUAUGGUAACCUGGUCAGAUCUCCAUAACUAAUAUUCAAAAGCAGUACUGUUGUAUUAUUUCUGUGAAAUGAAAUGAGGAAAUAACACCAAGACAGGUUAAAACCUGAGCAUAUACAAACGGAAGUUUGGAGAAGCAGCACUUAAUGUUUGCUAUUGUAUGGAUGAUGAAGAGAUUAUAAAUUCUCCUCUUAAAAAAAAAAAAAGCUGUACACAAGAACUCCAUGUAGGAGGAGAGCAGGGGUGAACACACUGUCCUCAUUUUAGCUGAUUUGUACUGUGAGUUAUUAAAAAUAAAAUAUAAAAAGCAUUUACUUACGUUCAGAUAACCUGAAUUUGGAGGACAUAAGAUAAACCUUUUCACAGAGACUGAAAGUAAUGUCUGUUUCUUCUUGCGUAUGUAUUUCUCUAAUAUAUUGUAGAAUGUGUUUUUCCUGCUCACAGUGAGACACAGUGUACAGAUAUGCUUACAUGUAUGCAGCUAUGCUUAAUUUAUUAAUGGUCAUUCGAUCAUUUGCUUUUAUAUUCAAACUUAAAAAGUGAAGAUAGACUCAAGAACUGGAAUUGAUAAUAAUAAUGAUCCACACAAUCUCUUGUCUUGUUCUCUGUGAGGUGACUAUCACUGUAUAAAUUCUUUGAGGAAUUAUAAUGGGCCAGGCAAUGGUUCUUUUCCAAAAUAAAUUCUUUUAUUUUUCAA